AUGAGCUCAGUGUCAUUUCCCUACUCGAGCGGUGAGGUGUGCCGUCCCACAGCGGAGACCAAUUACUGAAAAUAUGAAGUGUCGCUUUACGUUUUAGUUCUGAUAGCGUUGAGUCGAUUGCGAGGCCGUGCGGGGUUACAGUGGCGCCCUGAGAGGCGUGUGGUGAUAUAAUGUGAAUGUGUGCAUGAGUGAGGUGGUCAACAUGUCAUCAGACCCAGUGGAGGAGUUCAUGAGGAGCGCCCUCGUUACCUGGGUGCGCACUUUUGAGAGUGAUGGCGGAGGCGGCCUCACCUACGCUGCCCUGGCGGAUGGCGUUUUCCUGUAUGACGUCAUGCAGCAUAUUGACGGGCGGGAUGGUGGAGGCCGCCCGGUGAAUCGCCACCCAACUGAUGCCGCCUCUCGUCUCACUAACCUUGCUGCGCUUCUCCUGCACAUCAAGGCAUUCUAUCAGGUAUGGCUUAAUGGACGGGCAGGUGUCAGAGGUGGAGAAGGAGGAGGAGGAGAAGGAAGGUACAGGUAUGUGAAAGAGGAAGUGUAGGAGUAGGAGGAGGAGGAAGAGGAGAGAAGGAGGUGAAAGGUGAGGAAGAGGAAGAAGAGGAUAAGGAGGAGAAGGACGAGGAGAACGAAGAGGUGGAAG